AUGGGGACGGGGGGUCCUGGCGCGCCGUUGCUAUCCUCGCCGCCGUCUCUCCGCAGCGCUGUGCCCGGAGCGGGGCUGGAGGGGCCGCCGAGCAGACGCGCCGCCGCCCCGGGACCGCUGUGGAGCCGCCGCUGCCGGUACCUGCGCACGGGCAGGGCGUGCUGCCAGAUGGUGCAGGCGCUGCUCGCCGUGCUCAUCCUGGUCUGCGCCUCCGUGUCCUGCGGGCCCCCGGGCGGCUACACCGGCCUGCCCGACCUGGGUGGCAUCUACUACUACCAGUAUGGCGGCGCCUACAGCGGCUUCAGCGGGGCGGACGGGGAGAAAGCCCGGGAGCUCGACCAGCGCUUCUACGUGCUGAAGCUGCCGGUGGCGAGGGCAGCGAUGGCCGUGGGAGGCUGUCUCCUGGCCGUCUCCUGCGUCCUUCUUUCGCUUGGGGUUCUGCGGUUACCGUGGCGCUUCCCAGCGUGGCUGCUGCUAGAAUGUGCCCUGGAUGCAGUGGUCGCAGUGGGCAUGGUGCCUGCUCUGUACUACUACUUCCACUUUCUGCUGGAGGUUUAUAAUUCAUCAGUGUGCAAAGAGAGAGAGCAGCUUUAUCAAAGCAAAGGCUACCAGGGCUUUAGGUGCAGCCUGCAUGCGGCAGAGAUUGCGGCUGGCCUGUGGGGCUGCAUGGUUGCCAUGGCAUACCUGCUCAGUGCAGGCCUUGCAGCCAGGGCUUUCACAGCCAUUCGGACACUGAAGCAGAAGCCAGUGCAGUUAGAAUGAUCCCUCCACUCCAGCACUGGCCAUGAUUUUUGCCACCCUCCUUACACAGGAAGGCAAAACCUCCUUACUGCUUUUCCUCACUUCUGAGCAGUGCAUUCUUGAUGCUGCCCCAGAGCACACACUAAACAUGGGAGAGUGAAGCAGUCCCUAACCUAGAUUUGCAUUACUGGGUUAUCAGUGGACAUGAGGGUAGACCCAGGGUCUGUGUCUGGCGGCUGUCCCAUAGCAGAGUGUGACCAUCCUGCAGAUGAACAGCCUUUCCCUCCCCUCCACCGGAGCCUUGCUCCCUCCAGUGAGGUCUUGCUCCAAGUACUGCUACUACAUCCCUUCUGUGGCUGAGGCUCCUUACAAAGGGCAUGGGACAGUUCACUGAGAAGAGAGGCCAGUGGUUGUGGCAUCUUGUUGCUGCUUUCCUGCAUGUCUGUUAGAACUAAGGGCCUCUUGAACAUGGUGUGUAUGGAGCCAUCAGACAACCCUGAAAUAAAAAGGUGCAACACGAUCAAUA